AUGGAUAUCAUCAAACAGCGUUAUUUAGCCAUUCAAUCUACCCGGCAUUAUACCCAGAUUUCUGCUGAGGAAAUUGUUACGCUAUGGACUCAGUUAAAAGCCUUCCUUGGAGCAGGUAACUGCCCCAUGAGUGAGAUCGAAUUAUUGUCACUUACGCACAUGCUGUUCGAUCUUUCAAUCUACGUGGACAAAGAUGUUGAGGCUGAGACGAUAUAUAAGACGUUCAAGGACCGUUUUGGGCCAAAUUCACCUUACCUUUUCGUCAUGAGAGCUACUAUAAUGCAGGUCAAUGAAGGUGAUCAGAGGGCUGAGGAUUAUUUGAAAAGGCUUCUAGACGAAUAUCUGGUCGACGAUACGGAUAUAGUCGGCUAUCCUUUGAUCAAUAAAAAACUACUAGCAGUGCAGCGUAAAUCACUGUCCACUGAACAGUAUAUCUCGAGGCUUCUAGACCUGGUGGAAAAGUUUCCCGUCGAUAGUGAAGCUUGGUACGCUCUUGCACAAGGCUACAUUCAAUUGGGCCAGCUGAAACAAGCCGCAUACUGUUUGGAAGAGAUACUUUGCAUUUCUCCGUUCAAUUACGUCGUCUUUGCGGACCUUAGCGAGAUAUUGUAUUACAGCUCAGGAAAAGAUAACAAAAACAAGAAGAAUCUUCUGCAACAGUCUCUCAACAAUGCCCUCAGAAGUGUAGAGCUAUCAGAACUUUAUGUGAAGGGAUGGGCUUUUGCAGCGAUGGCGUCCAAACUCUUAGACAAUUCCAAAAUACUGCAUCUAUCGAACAAGAAACUGAAAGAGAUCACAGAGAAGGGUAACGCAACCGAUGUGGCCACCGCAAAGAAGAUUCUUGAACAUAUAUAG